GCGCGAAUGUUUCACCACAAAACAUAAUGGCAGCCAAUUAUAGUCUUUACGAGGAGAGGGAAAUCGAACCGUGGAAGGAAGCAUUUCUGUUAUAUGACAAGAUGCUAAAACUUAAAGCCGAAAAAGAAAAGAAAGAGAAGGCCGGAAAACUUCUGGAACUUGAUUAUUGGUAAGCUGGUGAAAUCCCGGGGGUGAAAUAUGUAACCAAAGCUCCUAACACCCUCUACAGUGAAACCUCCAUAAAACUUAAGUAAGUAAGUAAGCAAGUAAUUUUAUUUAACCACAUAUCGCAUAUGAGCGAUAGCUCGUUUAAAUGCAAAUGUGCCAAGACUUCACAGCUUUUAAGCUUAUAGCUAAGCGAAUGGCAAAAUUCGAUCGCUAAAACAAGGUUUUGUAAUAUUGAGGUCCUUUUCCAUAUAUUUUUCUCUUACUGGGGCGAAGAAUUUCGUUCGUUUAACCGAUCCCUUCGUCAUAAUUAGAGGUUUGUUUUUUCGAGGUUCCGCUGAAUAAGAUAAAAGGUACGUUUUGGGUGACGGGGAAGCUAGCUAGGGGAUUUUAUCCCGUAACCAUUACUCAUACCUCUCCCAGCAAGAACAUCAAUAACAUGGGACCCUGAAUCACCUCUAUCCUCUUUUAGCCUCAUUUCAGACUUUCACGCUAUUGCUUAUUUUUGAAUCCUCUAUGUUAGUAAAAUCCAACUAGUGGUCUAUUAUCAAUGCUGCAUUCUGAUUGGUUGAGCUACUACUAGGCUAUAUGUUAUAGCCUUCUAGUAGCGAAAAGUGCCGGCUUUGAAAACCAAAACAGUGGUGGCUGAAUCUCCUUUUGCUAGCUAAAGUUGUUUUGUCUCGAUAUUUUUGGCCAACUGGUUGGAUAAUUUUUACUCGAACAAUAUUAUUCCUCUCACCCUCAUGGCCUCUGAGUCAAUAGCCCAUUCGGCCUUUGGCCUCAUGGGCUAUUAACUUAGAGCCCAGUCAGGCUCGAGGAAUAAUUGUUAACUACACUCUGUUUGCCCCUCCACCCCACCCAAAUUUUGCUUAAUGUCAUUGUUCUGUUGAGAAUACUCAAAUGUAUGUGGAAUGAAAAGAUAUUAGUUGAGAGGAGAAUCCAAACCAAAAAAACCCACCUUAUCGAUCACAAUUUCCAACCCCUAAGAUUUCAUAUCCCAUGGCAAACAAUUUUUUGGUUGCAUGCGCAGAGAUCAUGGGGAAACCAUCUGUAACAAUUUUUUGGUUCCUGAAAAUUCAUGGGAACCCAUCCCCUAAAUGUUUUCAAUUUUUUGAAGUCAUAUAUUGGCACUGGAAGGCGUAAAUCAGUAACGUGCAAUGCACUUUGGGAACAAUUCAAGUGGCAGACAAUAGGAGAACUGAUAGAUGCUAGAAAACCUUUUAGUUUUGUAUAUACCGGUAAGCCGAGUUAUAGCUAAAGAAUUGAUCUGCUAGUUAAGAGUCCAAGUGGAAAAAUAGUGAGUUUCUGUUAAUUAUUGAUCCUUAAGGCUGAAAAUGUUACAGGGAAACUAUUUUCGUUUUUAUUGUCUUACAACCACAUUAACGACGAGGUACUGGAAAUGAUCAUUACUGUAAAAUCCUGGGGCUUGUAUCCAGUGUAAUUGGAAAUUCUCUUUAUAACAUUAUUAUUCCAAUAAUAUUUAGGACAGUUACUGUACAGUUUUUAGAGCAGUCACACACACACACCGCACACAAAAUCCAAGUGCCAGCAGCCUUUAAAAUAACUCAACAGAAAGGUUCUGUGAACCAUAUAAGGAAGAUUCCAUCUAAGAUUCCAUCACUCAUUGUGGAGUAGUGGUUGNCAGAGAUCAUGGGGAAACCAUCUGUAACAAUUUUUUGGUUCCUGAAAAUUCAUGGGAACCCAUCCCCUAAAUGUUUUCAAUUUUUUGAAGUCAUAUAUUGGCACUGGAAGGCGUAAAUCAGUAACGUGCAAUGCACUUUGGGAACAAUUCAAGUGGCAGACAAUAGGAGAACUGAUAGAUGCUAGAAAACCUUUUAGUUUUGUAUAUACCGGUAAGCCGAGUUAUAGCUAAAGAAUUGAUCUGCUAGUUAAGAGUCCAAGUGGAAAAAUAGUGAGUUUCUGUUAAUUAUUGAUCCUUAAGGCUGAAAAUGUUACAGGGAAACUAUUUUCGUUUUUAUUGUCUUACGACCACAUUAACGACGAGGUACUGGAAAUGAUCAUUACUGUAAAAUCCUGGGGCUUGUAUCCAGUGUAAUUGGAAAUUCUCUUUUUAACAUUAUUAUUCCAAUAAUAUUUAGGACAGUUACUGUACAGUUUUUAGAGCAGUCACACACACACACCGCACACAAAAUCCAAGUGCCAGCAGCCUUUAAAAUAACUCAACAGAAAGGUUCUGUGAACCAUAUAAGGAAGAUUCCAUCUAAGAUUCCAUCACUCAUUGUGGAGUAGUGGUUGUUAAUUGUCUGCCAGUCCAAUGGCCGCUGAUAAGAGGACACUGUAAAUCCAGGUAAACAAAUUCUAAGGGCAAACAAUAAUUUCAAAAAUGACCCAAAAAUUCUUCUGUAAUCACUACAGAAUGAUUGUUGAUACAAAACUGCGCUAACUAUCAAACGAUGGCUCAGAUAUAAACAGAUAAAAACAGCCUUCCGAAAAUCUCCGACAGAACUUAAAAAAAUCGGGUUGAUGUUUUCAAGUUUGUUGUUAUUGGCUCGCGCAUGCAGCAGGAAUGACAUAGCCCCUUUAAAGGAGAGAAACCUUAAACAAGCAGCUGAUUAAAAUGCCAGGUUUUUCCUCAACAUCCUACAAGUUAUGCAAAUUGAAUGUUGACACUCAUCAAUUGACUUAGAGCUGGAUGAUGGAUCAAUCCUAAGCUUUCUUGGCAGGUGGGGAGGAGGGUGCCCACUGGGAGCCUCAAUAGGAAAUUCGUCAUAAUUCAAAUCUAACUGGAUAAAUAUGAUGCACUAAAGUGGACAAAAAUUCUUCCUUUAAAUGUAUAAAACUUUCCAAAAUAUAUAACACUUGUUCCUUAUUUCUAAAACUUAUUUCCAAAUAAAGAGAACACAUCACAACCAUUAAAAAACUAUACAUCAUAGUGCAAUGAUCGUCAUGUAUACUACUUAAGGUGAUUCCCUAGUUUUGCACUGAGCAUCUCUUACUGCGCAUAACAAGAUGGCCACCGUAAAAAAGAGCAUUUGAAGUAAUAUUAUUACAGUCAAACCAGGCGAAGCAUUCCCGUCGCUAACGCACUAAUGAUUUCAUUAACGGAAAAAUGAUUUCGUUUGUUGAUUCAAUAAUCCAUUCAUAAAAUGAACAAUCCAAUAUUCAUAUUUAGCCUCGAUUCUAUAAUGGAAUGUUGAUUCGAUUACUGUUUCUUGAAAAACUACACAUUUUUUCUUCUUUUUUUCUAAGAGUCGAGUGCGGACGAGUUCUGAAGUUCAAACCCAAACAAACUGUUCCAUGCACGCCGUUUUGCUUCCAGUAAUCAGUGCAACGGACCUGACCUCUUAGAAAACACGACGGUCAAACUGAGGUCAGUGUAUGUGCAGUGAUUGGUGGAUUUCAAUCCCCGGCCUUUGUCAGUUUCUUUGCGUUUGCGGUCUGUCUCUUCUAGGUGUUAUUUUGAUUAAAGGCAAUUAAAAAUGCAAUCUUAAACGGCAGGAAACGGCAAGCAAAUACGAUUGAACUCAACAGACAAGAGUAAAGAACAGGUAGAUUUUGUUCAUAAACCAAAUCAACAUUUAAUUAUUGAAUCGAGGUCCAAUUUGACUGUUGAAUUAUUCAUUUUAUGAAUGGAUUAUUCAAUCAACAAACGAAAUCAUUUUUCCAUUAAUGAAUUCAUUAGUUUGCUAGCGACGGGAACGCUUGACCUGGUUUGACUGUAAAAUGAAGUUGACUGAAGAGAAACGCUUUUGGAAUUUUUGCUUGCUGUUGUUUCUUGCCGAGGUGAGACUCAAUGUGUUGGGAAUGUGCAUAACAUAAGCAGUACACGUGUUGCUGAGUUUGACCUCCUCUCGAAGAACCUCGAUAGUGGAUGUGGAUGUGGAUAGUGGAUGUGCUUUCUCACUUUGAUUUUCAUUUAAACACUUUCUUUAUCACAUUGUGUCCUAAAUGUGAUAUCUCGAUGUAAAUUCUGUACUUCCUUCCCCCUUUCACAUACAUUCUAUUUUCAAACUCGCCCCAGUCCUCUCUCAAAAAUUGGAGAAAAUGCGUUUGGUGCGCACUUUCUGCAGCUCUACAGCAAAAACGAGUACGGUGACCCCCAUUUUUUAUUUCAUGAUUUUAAUAAGGACAGUGCUUCCUUUCGAUGAGAAAAAAAUUGGCACAAAUCUAUGUUCAGUUUUUUGGCAAUUUUACUAAAUUGUACGGAUUGAGCCAUCACGGGUUGAAAAGCGCGCAUCCAAUUUAAUUCUACUUUGGAGCGUAAAGUAAAAACAAGGGCAUUAAAAGGCAUUUUUCUGGUACGUAAGUGGAUAAAAAAUACGUUAAAGUCAAAUUCUGUGUGAUGCCACAUGCAUCAUCCAAAAAAAUAUGUCCUUUUUGUCUAGUUUGGGGCUGCCCACGGUUUUUGUAAAAGGGUCCUAAAUAGCCGUAUUUGUCAGCAUUGUGACGUCAAAACGAGCACGGUGACCCCACUUUUUAUUACUUUUUUAUCAUCUUCUUGACUUGUUACAUCAGUGCACCAAGUUUUAGCUACAAUCUAUGUUAGGUUCUUUUACUAUGGAAUCACCUUAAGAUAAAUAUUCAAAACUUGCUUUCAGCAUUUGGUUUGACUUGCUCAGAUAUAGGAAAAUCAUCUGCUGAACAAUUUAGACUUGCAUCGGCAUGUUAGUUUUGGCCAUUCGCACACUGUCAGACAUAUAUAAAUUCUCACUGAUUUGUUAUCGACUUUUUAGUGUCCAGGCCCUUAGGAAAUAGCACUUCAAAAUGGCUGUUUCACUGUCAGGAGGAAAUUCUCUUGGUAGAGAUCUUGAUGAGAUUUUUUCCCAGUUUCCCUCUCACCUAUUGGAAAUUGAAAGGCACUUCUUAACUGCAAAUGUUGUCAUGUGCGACCUGUUCAUCAAAUAAGAAGUGAGGAUUAUGCAAGAUUUUUUGUUGCAAGUGUAGCUCAGGCUGGAGUUUCAGAUAUGCUGAUGCAUAAUGUUCAGGAACUUUUAACUGUGUUGGAGAAUAACGAGAGAUUAAAGGCCUAAGAAAGGAACUGAAAUAAAGCACUGGGGGAGGGUAUGAGUAAUGGUUAUGGAAUAAAAGGAAGUCAACCAAAUCCCAUCAAAACAAAUAUAAACUCAAUCAGUAAAUCAAAAGAAAAUAAAGUAUCAAUGAAUAAUAAAUAUCUAAAGGACUUGGAUAUCGGCAGCACUUAUUGAUAUCAUAAGUUCCCAUUUUUGGCAUUUUAAAUGAAUCCUUUUAUUUUUCAAUCCAUAAUUUUCAAGUUUGUUCUUUAUGUUAUCGUGAAAUUUGUCCAUACUUAUGAAAAUGAGAGGUCAUUAAAUUUUUACUGUUUGUGAUUAUAUUAUUUUCAUAUUAUACUGCAAGAACACACCAGUCCAAUAAAAAAAUCAACUAAUUACCAAAGAAGCCUGCAAACACUCUUAGGGUGCUUCAAUCAUAGGUCCACCCAUAAUGUCCACCUGUAUGUAAUAAUUAUGUUACAAAUAAUUAUCAUUCCCCUUUUGAAGGCACAUUGCAUUUUUUUAAACCUGUCAGACUGAAUCAUAUCUUACCAAUAUGAAUAUUUUGUAUACCCUUCAUGUACUGUUGCUGAUUUUAAUGCACCAUGCACUAAUGAGUAUUCUUGAUCUUCAUUCUUUGUUUUGGGGCUGUAAAACAUGGCGAUGACUGUUAUUUAGUGUUAAAUGUGUACUAAGUGUAACUAUUGAAAGGUUUCAGAAUCAGUUGCCUCAAGAAAUAAAUAAGAGAUCAGAGAAAUUUCUGACACAGGAGGAACUGAUCAAACUCAUGGAAUGGAAGCUGAUGGUAAGUUGAAAGAAAACACUAGGGUCUUUCUCUAGGUUCUGGUGACUUUUUUAAAUUUGCAGGUGUACUAAAUUUCCUUUUUCUUGUAUGCCAACCCUAAACCUAACACCCACACCUGCUUAUAAAUGUACGUGUUACAGGUCAAAAUUAUAUUCAGGUUAGAAUUUUUGACCUAGUUUGAUUCUCCAUUUCCUUUGCCUCCUAGCCCAAAUUCAGGAAUAAUAUUAGGGCUAGGAGAAAAAGGAAAUAGAGAAUUAAUUUAAUUUUGAGCUGUAACAUGUGCACUUGCAGUUUUAACUCAGUUAUAUCUCUGGGUUAAUAAAUCUCACAGAAGUAUGGGUUGGUUUAAUUUGUUGUUUUAAUUUUAUUUUUUGAUUUGUUUUUGGGUAUGGUGCCAUAUAAUAAUAAUAAUAAUAAUAAUAUGCCAGAGGUUCAUUAUUAAAGCUACAAAAAUGAUUCAAUGAAACACAGUGUGACGUGAAUAAUACUUUAAUACGUACAGGUAUAUAUAGUUUUCAUUUAUAAAUAAAAGUUUAAGCUUUUUCUCUCACUGUUCAUUAACAUUCUCAGCGUGGAAAGUUCAGACCUCGUCUUACUCAGCUUGUGCAGACAAAUGACAGUGAAACAGUGAAGGAGGUCACAAGUAAAGCCUUCAAGUGUUUACCUGACAUUAAACAGGCAAUCAGUGAAUUGACAAAGCUGAAAGCAGUGGGACCGGCAACAGCUUCAGGUAUGAAACACAGGAUUAAACAGAACUGAAUCAACUGAAGUUCCCACAGUGUGGAUGCAGGGAGGGUUUUGUCAGUUAGUUGAAAAACGUGCUCAUGACAAGGGCUCAAGAAAGGCCCUUCUGGUCAUCUAAGGCAAGUAAAUUUUCUUGCUGGGCAAGUAACUUUUUAAGCCCACUUGCCUAAUGGAUAAGAGUGUAGUCAAGUCAUCAUGUAAUUAACUUAAAUCUUUAACUGCUGAGACAAACAAGCAAUGGCCGAGGUACUAAAAGCAAAAUGUGGAGCUGCUGGAGUUCCAAAUUUUUUUUUCAAGCCUGGCAGGCAAUGUGAGAGCUGGCGUUAUUUCCCUUACUAACUAGGAACCAUACUACAUAUAUAAUUCUGCCCUGAGGCAUUUCUUUACUUUGGCACUACUUUAUUGGUUCUUUUUAUUUUGCUGGUCUUUAGUUUUACAUUUUUCGUAAAAUUUGUAAACAUUUGCGAAAUUAAAGUAAAAAAAUUAAAGUUGAAAAAGUAGAACAAAAAAACUUGUUAGACUUGGAGGUUAAAAUCCUAUAGUAUGAAGUUUUCAUGGCUCAAAAUGAUAAUUGGACAGUGACCAGUCUUGUUGACUAUAGCCAAACAAGUUCAUGCAGUCAUGGCUCGUUUCUGUCUGGUCAAUAUUGACCGGCCAAACAAAUUUUUUCUCAGUCAUGCUGACUUGUUUCUGACCAGUCAACAUGUUUAAAAUUUAUAUUUUAAAGUAAUAGCCAUUUAAGACAAAAGUAUUGCCUCAUACAGUAUAUGCUCAAAAGCGCAGUGCACUGAAAUUCAAAGACACAUGUUUCACCAUUUUACACUGCACUGUUCUCAUGAAUGUGCAGAUGAUAAAACACACAACGAACAGAGAAUUGUCUUUUCUUUUUCUUUUUUUGCAUUCACAAGGCCACAGAACAUGACCAUCUCACCUGUAUUCUCCGAAUUUAUGACUGCAACCAGCUAAAAUAUUUUAGUUUGUAAUUUGUAUUUUUUAUGAAAGCUAUAUAUUUGAACAGUAAGAAUGACCGGCCAAGUGAAAGUUUGUCCGGACAAAUGGUCAUUUUGGCGAGACAUUGUUUGAUGACUGGCUGUUAUUUUGAGCGCUAAAUGUUUUAUAUCAAACCUCCAGCAAGUAUAUAAUUUUUAAGCAAUCAUGAGUUAGUACAUGUAUGGUUAGAAGUUAGAGUUAGAGUUAGGAGUUUAGGAAUAUUUCAAGAUAAUUUAUAUGUUUUGGGCACUUUUGGCCCUUAUGAGAUUCUUAUUUUUAAUACUUUUCUUUCGUUGUCAUUAAGCAAUCCUUUGUGCUGGCAGCCACAAAGUACCAUUCAUGGCAGAUGAAUCAAUACAAGCCAUUCCAGGGUUUGGAAAGAUAGAAUAUUCAUUGAAGUUCUAUCUGGAUUAUAUCGAGAAAAUAAGAAGCUGUCUUAAGCAUUUACACAAAAAAGGUAACUGAUACUCCCAUUUGCAAUGUCUAAGUAAUUCAGUAAUAUUCUUCUUGCACACUACACUACAGAUUUUUUAGUAGCUUGAACUUCAGCUUUCACCUCCUUAAGGUGCUUAUGGGCAUGUGACUUAAGGUGAUGGCUGAGAUUCAGACUAUUUUUUAGCUAGAUGCUGAAAGAGAAGUUACAGACGAUGUUAAACUAGGCAGCCGGUCACUUCAAUGUUCUUGUCCUGCAAAUUUGCAGCAAAUUAACUAGGGAAGUUAUGUGUACAUGAACACGGUUCCUUGAGUUACAAAUAUUGAAAGUAACUGUAUUUGAAAAAAAAAUUAAUAAUCCGCGUUAUUGCAGCUUCAAAACUAAACUUCAGUGCAACUUGUUUACCCAUGGCUUACCCCCCGCCCCCACACUACCUAUUAUUAUACCGACCUCAUUUUUUCAGCGCAAAUAUCAGUAACAAAACACCACGGUCGUUUUCUCGUCCGAAUUUUGAUUCUUAAUAUAUAAACGUCAUUGCAAACUUUCCUAGAUUAUAAUGUAUUUUUCUCAGAUCCAAAAGGUGAAUGGAAUGAGCACAAAAUUGAAUUGGGCCUUUGGACGCACGCUAUAGGACAGAAGUAUGCACCAGAGUUAUUUAACAGAAGAUCGGCAUCAAAACGAAAAACAGAAGAAAGGGAAAGUCCUCACAAAUCCAAAAAGACAAAGGUUUGA